AUGUAAAUUAUUUUAUUAUAAAAGUAUGCACUAAACAAUACUAUUUGAUAUUUGACAUUUAAAAAUGAAUUGGUAGGAAAUAUAAUUAUUCGCCGGUCACCCCUGCGCGCAGCUGGCCACAUUCUGCUGUCUCCGAUUUCAGCAACUCUUCAGCAAUGUGGGUGCCGAACAUACCAGUUGUGAUCGUGUCGACAGUGGCGGCCACAGCAGGAGGCCUCUGCUUGUUCAAAGACUUCUACGGCGGGCCUCCGUAUGAUAAGAACGUGAAGGCUGAAGGGAAGGUGGUCAUUGUGACGGGGGCCACCAGCGGCAUCGGUAGAGAGGCUGCCUGGGACUUCGCUAGACGUGGCGCUAAGGUGUUCAUGGCCUGCCGCAACAUGGAGACGUGCGAGGAGGUGCGGCGCGACAUCGUGCUGGAGUCCAACAACAAGUUCGUGUACUGCCGCCCCUGCGACCUGGCCAGCACCGACUCCAUCAGGAAGUUCGUUCAACGAUUCAAGAGUGAGGAGCCUCAGCUGCACGUGUUGGUGAACAACGCGGGCGUGAUGGAGCCGCCCGCCAGCGUGACGCGCGACGGCUUCGAGACCCAGCUCGGAGUCAACCACCUCGGACACUUCCUGCUCACCAACCUGCUACUGGACACACUCCAGGAGUCGGCCCCCAGCCGAGUGAUCACGGUGUCAGGCAGCGUGCACCACCGCGGACAGAUCAACAAGGACGACCUCAACUUCACACACAAGUACGACGCGCCCGCUGCGUACGCGCAGAGCAAGCUCGCCAACCUACUGUUUGUUAGGGAACUUGGCAGGAGGAUGUUGGGUACUGGCGUGUCAGUGGUGGCGGUGGACCCAAGCCUGACAGACACCAACAUCACCCGCCACAUGUCGAUGAUGAAGAGCGUCUCCCGCUACGUGGUGUACCCGAUAUUCUGGCCCUUCAUGAAGUCCGCCAAGAUCGGCAGCCAGGCCAUCGUCCACGCCGCCCUGGACCCGGCGCUCAGUGACUGCUCAGGGGAUUACUAUGUUGAUAUGAAGAAGAAGGAGCCUUCGAAGUUAGCGCAGGACUACGAGCUGGCGAGCUGGCUGUGGAAGGUCAGCGAGAAGUGGACCAAACUCGACCAACACAAGGCUGCGCUUGCGCAAGCCAAAGCCGCGUGAUACAUAGUCUCGAAUAAUACAAUAAUCUAUAAUUCAACUCUAAGAUGUCAUACUACGUCUCGAGGUUAAAGGGUGUUUCUUUAAAAAAUAUUAAACAUAGAACCUUUUAAUUGCGCGCCGUUCAUGAUUAUGCGCCCCUGACACAGCUUGAAACUAGUCGAGUUACCUCGUCAAAGUGAAAAUGUGUAUGUACAACAUAGCGACGCAUUUUGUGGAGUAUUAACUUAAAAAUUGUGCUUUUAAAUCUUUAAACCGUUUAAAGCAAUAUAAUUACAAUACCAUAUUGAUGAUUACUUAGUAAGAUGCUUAGCAAUCCAUAGGGAUAAUUAUUUUAGUACAUUAUAAAUGUAUUUUUUUCAAAGAGCACCCCUUACAAGUUGAUGUAAUACUGAGACAAACAGACUUACAUAGUGACAAAGACUUUGCAAAAUGACUAUUUUAUGUAUGGAGUGAAUGAAACUGUACAAGCAUUUAAUAUGUUAUUUAGUUUUUAGUUAUAUUGUUAAUAAAUUGUAGAAUUAUA